ACGCAGCUGUGGAGCCAAUAAUCUGACGUCACAAGAAGGCUUUCCAAGAGUCCGCGAGAGCAGAGAAGAGCGAUGGGAAAGCAUUAUCAGGUCAGCGCGCGCGCGGAUUAUCAGUGGCAGAUAAAAAGCGCUAUAAAUAAGCUCUCGCGGCUCCUGUGUGCGCUACGUGAGGCUGCGGCUGUCAAAAUGCGACAUCUGUCACUUAUUGCGGGGCUGGUGCUGAUCGCCGGGGCCGUGCAAGCCCAGCAGCUCGAUUGGUGGCAAACCGGCGUUAUUUACCAGAUCUACCCACGCUCCUACAAAGACUCCAAUGGCGAUGGCAUCGGUGACAUUAACGGAAUUAUCAGCAAGUUGGAUUACAUCGCCAGUUUGGGUGUGGCUGCAAUUUGGCUAUCUCCAAUCUACAAGAGCCCAAUGGCCGAUUUCGGUUACGACAUUUCCGACUUCAGGGAUAUCGACCCGCUUUUUGGAACCCUCGACGACUUCAAACUCCUCGUUGCAGAAGCCAAAAGCCGGAACCUGGGCAUCAUCAUGGACAUGGUGCCGAACCACUCGAGCGACGAGCACGAGUGGUUUGUCAAAUCAGAGCAAAAAAUCGAGCCCUACACCGACUACUACUUCUGGCAGCCGGCUAAAGGCUUCGACCCGAACGGAGAUCCCAUUCCCCCUAACAACUGGUUGAGCGUGUUUGGCGGCUCAGCCUGGGCUUGGAGCGAGCUGAGACAGGAGUUUUAUCUUCACCAAUUCCACCCUAAGCAGCCCGACUUCAAUUACAGAAAUCCCGCUAUCGUGCAGGAGCUUAAGGACAUUCUGACCUUCUGGUACGACCUGGGCGUUUACGGAUUCCGAUGGGACGCCGUGACCCACAUGUUCGAAGAUCCCGCGCUGCCCGACGAGCCCGUGUCUGGAAAUCCCGUCGAUCCCAACGACUACAACUACUUGAAACACAUUUACACGCAGAACCUGCCCGAGACGCCGUACACGCUGUCCCUGUACAAGGCCCACACCGACGAGUACUCGCUGAAUGCCGGAGACGGACUCCACAGAGUGAUGAUGCUGGAAGUGUGGAACCCCAUUGAAGAGGUGAUGCAGUACUACCGCAAUGUGUCGGACUUCCCCUUCAACUUCCGCUUCCUCACCACCAUGAAUGCCAACUCCAACGGUAGGGACGCCGAGAACGCAAUCCGCGGCUGGGUGGACAACAUUCCUGACAAUGGCUGGCCAAACUGGGUGCUUGGAAACCACGACAUUUCCCGCGUGGGCAGCAGGCUGCAGCUAACGGACGGCGCGAUCUUGACGACGCUGCUCCUUCCCGGCACCUCGAUCAACUACUACGGCGAGGAGCUGGGCAUGGUGGACACAUACAUCCCACCCGAGGAGGUGGUCGACCCCGCCGGCUACAGGGACCCCCCUCGGACCCCGAUGCAGUGGGACGACUCGCAAUUCGCAGGUUUCACCACCGGUCCGAAGCCGUGGCUCAGGGUGAACGACAACUACCUGACGGUGAACGUGGCCGCUGAAGAGGCCGCCGACGAGAGCGUCCUCAAGACCUUCCGCAAGCUGGUGGCGCUGAGGAAGGAGCCCGCCAUCCAGUUCGGCACGCUGCACACCACGGUGGUCUCUUACGAACUCGUCCUCGCCUACGCCAGGGAAGCUGUGAAUGCGACUGAUCGCAGCUACAUGGUGGUGUUCAACUGGAGUCAUGACCAAACGCACGUGGUCAAUCUUUCGCCGGGCGCCUUUGGAGCGUUUCCCUUUGAAAUCACCAAUCCAACGGUGGAGAUCAGGACGAUCGGAAGCGACAUUCCAUACGACAAUUUCGAUCCGUCCGCAUUCACGCUCAAGCCCCGGGCAGGCUGCGUUGUUAGCUUCAACGCCGUGCGAAAGUAAAUCGCUUUCGUUAAUCUGCUGACGACGACCAUUUUUUCGAAUGUGAAAUUUUUAUACCAUUUUUGUACAUAAAUGUAUCUAAUAAAAACAAAAAUUUACAA